AUGUGGAAUAGCUUUCUGAUGAGUAUCGCAUAUCUUGCAAAUUACAUAGUGGAACUUGUUGUGGAACUCGAAACUGCUGCACAGUUGAGAGAUUCUCAGUUCAUUUUUCCUCAAAGGCCAUGGCUUGAUUUGUAUGGGAUUAAUGUUCGACCUGUCGCUCCUUUUGGAAGUGCUAGUAGCAAGCAGUUUCUUGAUCCUACAUUGAUACACCAGGUGCUACCUGAUGAACUGCUUUUUGAGAUCUUGUCUAAAAUGACCCCAUACACCUUGGGUAGGUCAACUUGUGUUUGUCGAAAGUGGAGGUACACAAUUCGGAACUUUAUAUUUUGGCGUAAUGCAUGCCUAAAGACUUGGCAGGUACCAGGGACACUAGUUCUGGUUUUGAAGUAUGAUGGUUCAUGGAGAAAAAUGUUGCUUUUAAGACCAAGGCUUCGUACGGAUGGUAUUUAUGUCAGUCGAAACACAUAUAUUCGUGCAGGAGUAGCUGAGUGGAAGAUCACUAAUCUAGUUCAUAUUGUGUGUUACUAUCGCUAUAUGAGAUUUUAUCCUUCAGGCAGAUUUCUUUAUAAGAAUUCAUCACAAAAAGUCAAAGAUGUCGCGAAGUACCUGAACUUUCGUGCCUCAAAAGCUAGUUGUGUUUUUAAGGGGAGUUACCCACUAUCAGAGGAUAAAGUAAGUCCAAUUCUAACAUUCCCGUACAAGUCAAUUUGUUUCUGGCAACAAUUUGGUUAUAUACGUUCAAAUCAAAAUAAUGGUUCAAUUCUCCUUGCUUAA